GCUAUCAAGGAUGAUGGUGGUGAUGAUGAGGAGGAGGAACAAGAUUAUGACGAUGAUACUUAUGAUGAAAAAGAUGAUGAUGAUGUUAAUAAUAAUGAUGGUGAUGAUGAUGUUGAUAAUGAUGAUAAUGAUGUUGAUGAUGAUGAUAAUGAUGACGAUGAUGACGAUUUUGAUGAUGAUGAUAAUGAUGAUGGUGAUGACGAUGGUGAUGUUGAUGAUAAUAAUGAUGAUGGUAAUAAUAAUAAUAAUGAUGUUGAUAAUGAUGACGACGAUGAUGACGAUGUUGAUGAUGAUGAUAAUGAUGAUGGUGGUGAUGAUGAUGAAGAUGAUGCUGAUGAUGAAGAUGAUGUUGGUGAUGAUAAUGAUGUCGAUGAUGAUGAUGGCUAUGAUGAUGAUAAUAAGGAUUAUGAUGACGAUGAUGAUGAUGGUGAUGAUUAUGAUGAUAAUAAUAAUAAUGAGUUCGACAAUGAUAAUAAUGACGACGAUGAUGGUGAUGACGACGACGAUGAUGUCGAUGUAGAUGAUGAUGAU